UACAUACGAGAUAUAGCAAGCACUCUUUCCAUUGACAGAACCACGUACAAUCAAUAAACAUAUAUCCCUUUUACACAGCAGACGUCGGGUAACCUUUGGGCGUAAAGUCAGACUCAGACAUAAGGGCUCGUCAUAUUUCAACCCAUUGGUGACAUUUCUUUGCAAUAUCGUUCUCUUCAGUCCAGUCUCACCAGCUUUGAUUCUGUAUCCCGUAUCUCGUAUCCCGUUUCCCGUAUGGUACGAUACGGAGUCAACAUUCAAUUGACUGCCUCGACUGCUAGGUAGAAGGUGGAACAGCUAUCCACUUAUCAAUAACCCCGCCAAAGUCAGAUGUUCAAGCAUCCAUAAAGUGUGAGUAUUGGUGACUUUCUUGCGUUACAGGAAUACACCACGACUUUCAAAAGGCUUUAUUAUUUGACAGUAACAGCGAAAUCACCAUAUCAUUCUCAAUCAACAUUCACUAUCUAGGUAGUCAAAGAAAUCUUGAAAUUACCUACAAGACAAUCGCGAAUUCGUCGAGCCCAAUAAGACAUCAUCCUCAACCCCGAUCAGAAGAGUCAAUCCAGACCUCGAAACUCGAACAUAAAACCUCGAACCUCCAUCAACAUCAACAUCAACAACACCUCUUUUAUAGCAUAAAAAUGUCUUCCAAUAGAAUGCGUCGUAUUGCCAAAGAGCUCAACGAUAUCGCGAACGAUCCUGGCGCUCAAAUAUUUUGUCAAGCAAGAGAUGGUAAUGAUGGCGAUCUGACCAGCCUUCGAGGUUCUUUUCCAGGUCCUCCAGACACACCCUACGAAGGAGGCACAUACCUAGUUGAUAUCAAGAUUCCCAAUGAAUAUCCAUUCAAACCCCCACACAUGAAUUUCUCGACCAAGGUCUGGCAUCCAAAUGUCAGCAGUCAGACUGGUGCCAUCUGUCUUGAUACAUUGUCCUCGGCCUGGUCCCCGGUUUUAACUAUCAAGUCCGCCCUCCUUUCCCUUCAAUCUCUCCUCAGCGAACCUGAGCCAAAGGAUCCACAAGACGCCGAGGUAGCCACCAUGUUGAUCAACCACCCCAAGGAAUUUCGAGAGAAAGCACGCGACUGGGCAAUUCAUUAUGCGGGUGCCCCAAGGGUUACAAAAUGGUCUCAGGCUGCCGCUUCAAGCCCCUCGUAUCACCCUCCGGUUAAACCCCAAUCACAAGAAGAGAAGGCGCGACAGGAGAUGUUAAAAUAUCAAGGAUACAACAAGGCUCUGGUCGAUCGUUUCGUUUCUAUGGGAUUUGAUAUUGAAAAGGUAGUCGAUGCAUUCAACUUCGUCCAUAUCGAUCGCCAUGGCGGGGAGGACUACGAAUUAGAGGAGGCUUACAUGGGUGAUAUUACAGCAAGACUUCUUGGAGAACCAUGACUCAUGAAUGAUCUUCGACAUACAAUGAAUGGUGGCUGGAUGAAUGAAUGAAUGGACACUCCAAGGGAAGAUGAAGGGCGCACAAAUUUUUGAUCAAAUGAAGCAUGAUACUUUUACGAUUUAAACGUACAGCUGAGAUUCAAGGAACGAAUUUCAAGCUCAUCAGCUUUCUGUAAGGGUAUACAGAAUAGCUAUAUUACGAGUACAAUCAAGCAAUGGGGAAGGUAUGGAUGGGGAAAUGGCAUCUCGGAAUUUGAGUCUUUUCCAGGAACAGAGCUUUAUUAUAGCAUAGGCGUUGGCAUGGAUAUGUAUCCGCAUGGCGUUACGCACAGCUUUCUACUCGAUUGCAUAUCAAACAUUUAUUAAAAUUCUGCUUGGAGCUAUGUGAUUAGAAUGUAUGAAUCUGCUAUUU